AUGGCACCGAUAUUUCAACGCUUUAACCAAGCGAUAUGCUUCUUCUGCAAUGAAACCCAGACGCCGAGCCCUCGGAACUGUCGCCAAUUUCGAUGUGCUCAGUGCGGCUGCUGGAAUCGAUACGACGCGGCAGGUGAAAUCAUGUCCGACGAGCCCGCGAUGCACGACGCGUCCUUGAAUGCCAAAUCUUUUGCGAAGAGAGCGUCGCCUCGAAAGGAUCGUCUCCCCACCAUGGACGCUCAUGCGAGGAAGGCGCAGCUAUUCUGCCAUACUUGUCAGACAAAUCAAAUGCUGAUCAUCAACCUGCUCUCCAACUACCUUCCUGAGCCGGCGGAUCCGAGCUACUCGCAGCGUCUAUCCAUGCUUCCCAAGUACAAGGAGUCCCUCCACACCAGGUAUCCUCCUGUUUGUGCGCAAUGCGCCCCUUUGGUCGACGACGUGAUCAGUCAAAGAGAACACAUGGCGCGAACCAACGCGUUGGGUGGAUGGCUGAAGAACACGAAAGGCAAGGAGGCUCAAAGGCGGCAACCCUCGUCUUCUACACUGCAUGAGGACAGACAACGAAAACCAUCGAAGGACCGAUUCAAACUUGAGCAGGAGCUAUGGAUGUGGCGAGCAAGAGGUUGCUUGUGGUGCGCAACGCUGCUAGGUUCUGUUGCAGGGCAUGUUUGGGGUAUAGAACUGCCACCACCGUGGACACGGCCUUUUUGUGCGUUCUUCCCUUUGUAUAUCGUGGUAUCAGUGCUUUGGACAUUCUGGGAUCCGACGUAUUCAUCGGUGCAGAAAGCCCGGUGGCAAGGUCGUCAAGUCUGGGUACGAGGUAGAGCUCGUUAUAUAGUGUACCAACUUUUAGCAUGGCUGUCUCGAUUAAUGACUGCCGUUCUAUUUGCUCUCCCGCUCUAUGCCCCGGAUCGCGACUACUUAAGACUGCUGUCCGGUGCCACAGGGGCCCCUGCUGGGCAUGCGGCGCUGACACCCGUAUCGUCCCAGACUCUGCUUGCGUCGUUCCUGACGCUACGGCUCCACUAUCCACCAAAGGUACGACUCAUCGAUACGAACCCGUCCCGCCGAUCUGUGGCUCCAGAAACUCGGGUCGACACCCCUUCCCCGCCCGAACCGGGCAUUGAUCUGCUUGCGCCGUUGUCCUUCUCCGGAAAUCCUGUGUUACAAACCCACGAAGAUACCUCAGUGGGACAUCCCAUCUUCGGCUUGCCUUCCCUAACAAUAGAAGCGCAUAAAGAUUCUGAUGGACGACAACCAACCAGCAACACGGACCCUAACGCCAUGGACAUCGAUACACCGUCCCCGGUCAAACCGAGGAGCCCCUUCCAUCCCGACCAACGCGAUGAUACCGACAAUUCCGUCUGGCUGCGUCCCCAGCGUUUCUUUCCGCCGGAGAAACCGACGGGUCUAGAAGGUCUUUUGGAGCGGACACUCUUGAUUGACCCAUCGGUGGGAGAAUCAGGAGAUUCUGUACGACCAGGGGAAGCUGCCCGGCGGCGGAAAAUGUUAUACGGGCUAGCUUGGGGUGCUGCCUUACUCUCUAUGGGAGUGGCUACGCAUCUAUGGCACGUAGGGACCACACGGUCGCGUACCGCCAUGGACCUUCAGAUUCAAGAUAUGGAGAUAGCGACAAGCGGAGAUUCAUAG